UAUUGUGCUACUCAUUUUCAACGGACACGAGGAAAACAAUUUUUAAUUUUUUUAAACCGAGGGGAGUUAUUCUCAGACAGUAGUAAAUACAACAGCCGAAAAGUUUUGGAAAAUAUGAACAGUGACACAUUUUAAAGAAGUUAGACUGAAUUUCUAAGACCAUGUAGACUUGAGAAAUGGAUAGUCUUCGUGAAUCAAAAUGAGGAUGACCUUAUGAUAGGUGAUAGAGCCUGAAAAUCAUGCUUAAAACAUGAAGUUAGUAAGCAUUGUGUUGCUAUGGCAUGUGAUGUGUUGCUAUGGAGAUGGUAUGCAGCACCUAGUGUUACUGGACAACCUUCCACCUGCCUUCCAGCGGAAUGUCACACCCGAUCUUAUUGUCACCACUAAUUUCAGUGGGUCGGUGAGUUUUAAGGAGUCCAGUGAUUUCAAGGUGCUGCUGAACAUCUCGUCUCCCAGUAUAGAUGAUGCUUACUCGGUUAAAUCGACCAUAGAAGAGAGCAAGGGCAGACUACUCAUACAAGUGUUUGAGGAGAGGAUCUCAGGGUCUGUGAUCACCCUGCCAUGGAUAUUCACAGGGAUAGGAGUGGGGGCCUUCAUUGUGGCAGGACUGGCCAUUCUUUGGGCGACCCAUUGGUACUGUACCAAACAACACCUAAAGCUCCAGCAGGAUAAUCUUAGUUAUGGCAAUGUGAUGAAGCGAUCUCGUCACAGUAUUCAUCUGUCUUCUACUCAUGCUGGGGAGUCUGUGGGACAGGAUGGAGAGGAGACACUGACGGGGGUACCUGAGGAGCCAGAGGAAGAAGAAGCCGAGAACAGGAAAAUGGCUGAGGUUAGGCUGUCCCACCAUUUUGAAGAUGAUGAUGACAAUGAAGAAAAGGAAUUUCUGCCAAAACAGAGACAGUCCAGCUCUGCGAGGGCUCACCGUCAGUAUGUCAGACAACACAGCCACAGGAAGAGGCACCCCUCCCUGAAUGACCCUCCCUCCUACAACACUGUAAUGGACUACCCCAACAGUGACGAUUCUGAUGGGGAGGGAAACACUCAUAAGAGACAACUUGAACCUUUAAUUGAGGGCAGCCAAGCCAGCAUUGACAAGAAAUCAGAGAGUUCAUUCACAUACCAAGAAAUGGAUGUUCGACUAUACAGGGGAAUCAAUCAGCCAGUACUUCCAGUGGCAAGAUCAGAUGGUGACAUUGAAAAUCGCAACUCAGCCAGACAGAAAGCUAACUAUCAGAUUCCCCAGUUAGGGAAAUUAUCAAGCAGCAAGGCAAGCAGUAGAAGUUCAAUCAAAAGAGAUGAACCAACUACACCUCAAGAGACAAGCAGAAGUUCAAUAAGGAGAGAGGAACUACCACCCACACCACAGGAAAACAGUCGAAGUUCACUAAGGAGACAUGAACCCAUCACCCCUCAGGAAGAGCGUGCCAAGACUCCAUUGAUUGGUGCAGAAGUUUAUGAUAAGACAUCUAUAGGUGGAGACAAUGCUUCUGGUAUUGUACAAAUGGGUACAGUAAGGGGACCCCCAGUCCAGCCACCCCUGUCACCAGUAGAGCCAGGCACACCUAAAGUGGAUAGUAACCCAAUGGAUAUUCCUCUGACCAGCUUCUCAGGGACUCUACAGAGACAAAAGUCUGGUAGAACUCGUACAACCAGUUUAUUCAUUGACCCAGAGGCACCAGAAGAAAAAGAUGUGUUUGAAGUUGAAGAUGAUGAGGAUGAUGAUGAUGAUGACAUAUUCGCACCUCGUGUUCCUGGCCCAGAUGGCAGAAAACGUCACAUUUCUGGUGACAGCAGAACCAGGCAUCUGUCAGGGGAGAGACACCAGGGGGAGAGAAUCAGACACCCUUCAGGGGAGGGGAUGUAUAGGGUCCCCACAGGGAGUAGUCCAGCCCGAGUUCCACUGAGCAGCAGUCCAGCCAGAAACCUCAAUGAUGGGAGUCCAGCAAGACAGGGAGCUAAAAACAGUCCCUCAAGAUAUCCUGACAACAGAUUACGGAAUCCCCAAGUAGAUAGACAUAGACAAAAAUCUGGGGAUAGGACAAGAUAUAGUGUUAACAGUGAUGGAUCAAUGUAUGAUAGCACAGAGGUAUUUAAAAAGAAAGGUACAGACAAUAAUUAUGAGGAUAUUGACUCAGAUAUGGACUUUGAAAUUCCACCCUUGGAGUCUGAUGCAGAUGUGUUGUCUGAUGUGAGUCUUCCACUUCCAAGUCCACCAGCUUUUGUUAAGCAAGCUUCCAAGGAGCCAAGAUCUCCACUCAGAAGCUUCGCAUAUGAUGAAGCUCCCACAGCUAUGUCACUCCCUCUCUCUCCUUUCAUGGACUUUGGAGGAGGAACAUACAUCACAAUCGCUGCCUCGCCGUCUAGUACAGUUAACAGAACUCAUUUUGUUUUUCCUGAAACUGAGGCUGAGUCUCUUCCACCCCCUCCUCCAGACUCACAGCUGAAUGGAGGAGAGGCUUCAGGGGGAUCCUCACUUCCCCCACCCCCAAAGUUAUUCCACCCACCACAGAGACCCUCCUGGCACAAGACUGUUCCAUCCUCAGUUAGAAAUGGUGGCCCAGAGCAUUCUAAUUCCAGUAAGAAUGGAGGUCCAGAAUAUGCCAAAAUACAGAGACAGGGUAGUCAGAGGUCAGAACCAGAUAAUGCUGGACAGAGUGGGGAACCAGCUACAGAGGUUCCAACCAGGAGUGGGAGUGUUAAAAGGAAAAACAUUCCUGCAAGACUCCAUCUGACAAUAGUAUGUACCUUGUGUAUAUUGAGUUUGAUUGGAGGAGUGUACAGUAAAGUGAACUCCACAGGAACCCAAGUCCACAUCACUGUGUAUGCUCCCAAGCAUUUCUUCAACCAGAAAAUUGAAGUUUUUUUUCAUCAAGACAAACCUGCUUAUGUUGUGGACAAUCCAUACAAAGUUCAGGCUUAUGAUGUUAGAGAACCGAAGCUGGAGAACUUGAACUCAUCAAAGUGUUACAAAUCUCUGUGUCCCCAGGGCUGUGACGAGGAUACAGGACAGUGUAUCUGUAAGAAGGGGUACCGAACAGACUUGCAUAACAAAUGUCAAGAUGUAAACGAGUGUAGAGAUGGUUCCUUCCUGUGUCAUGAGGAUGCUGGAUGUCUCAAUAUGAUUGGUUCCUACUACUGCAUCUGUAGCCCACCCUUUCAUGGAGAUGGGAAGUCUUGUGAGGAGUGUAAUGCCCCUUGCAGACCAGGAACAUAUCAGAAGGGAUCUUGUGGAAACAACCAACAGAAGCAGUGUAUUGAAUGCACUGAUCAGUGUGAGAAAGGGUUCUACAUGUACAGUAAAUGUGGGAAAAUGGAUGAUGCUAGUUGUCGCAUGUGUCAGGGGGAGUGUUUGGAUAGUCAGUAUGAGUACCAGCGCUGUACACAGUCGCAGAACAGAAUCUGUAAAGGCAGGGGGGAUCUUAAGCCACCCAUGGUCAGUGGUAAUUUGAUUGUGGAGGACAGAGACGAUACCUACAAGAAUGAUAUGACAACUGUCCGUCACAGAGAAAGUGCCCCAGGCCAAAAUACCCAGGCUUUCAUGUUUUCUAAAGGGUCUGGAUUUUACAUUGAGGUGGCCUUGAAGUACCUUCAUCCUGCUCCAAUGUUUUCUCCUGUCAAUCACUCGGGUCAGAAUGAGCUGGAUAGUUUCAAAGGAGACAAAUCUGUGUUGAGGAGAUACUGUCCUUAUCCAAUGCCAAUUAAACAUGAACUGUACUACAAAACUCAUAAGAACAUAACGUACAAGGAGAGACAGAAAUAUGGACACACCCUGAUAAAGCCCUGUACAACUUACACUCAGCACGGGCAGUACCCCCCUCAAGAGGGUACCACGGAGGGUUCCAUCAUGUGCUCCGAGCCAGGUCCAGUCAGUGGUGUGUUCUCUGUGCUAGACUCCCAAUUCACCACCAGCACAUCUACUUGGGUAGAGAAGUCAGAAAGCUGUCUGCUGAGUAAUGCUGCCUGUUUGAACUGUACUCGACACUGUGCCAGACAGAUGCUGCUACAGAGAGGGGAGUGCUCCAUCACCGGGGGAGACAACGGCCAGUCCCCCCGACUCCCAGAAUGCUUCACAUGUUGUACCCAAAGUAACUGCAGUGAUGUCUGCAAGACAUAUCAUGACUACAUCUGUCGAACAGAAAGGUGCAAACAAGGAGACCUUAUUGAAUUUAGACUGAAACCUGUUUAUCAUCCCAAAGAUGACUUUUUAUGUCACAUGACUCUAUUACCCAAUCAAAAGCUUUUAGAGUUGGAGUAUACAAUCAAACACUACUAUAAUACAUUGAUGACUCAGAGCUUUACCAUAUAUGGAGAUGAAAUGUGGCAGAAGUAUGGAAAAUUGAAAUCAGAUAAACACAUUGUAAAGGUGGAGGUAGAGUCCAAGUUAGAUGUCAUUCCUGAUAUGAUUGAGGGGUCACCAGGUCAGAGAGACGUAACAGUGGGGAAAUACAAGACAUCAGGGGAGAGUGUCAGAAGUUCUUAUAUACAGGGAUCUACAGCUCCAGUAAGGCCAAUCAAGCCUUAUAUAGAGACAUCAAAGACAUUCGGGAGGAAGCAUUGUGAUGAUGAUGCAUUGGAGAACUUGAUCUCCAUCAACUCUGGAGAACCCUACAAACAUCUACAGACUCUACAAGGUCGUUACCUGGGAAACUUCACCUAUGUCAUCACAAAUAGCACUGCCCAAUCACUGGUCAAGAUUGGGGUUGCUAAGCAUGCCUCCAUAUUGUCUUCCUUGUAUCCAGGGGCAACACUGAAAGAAGGGAGUCUGAAAGGCAACAUUUCCCAUAAUUUCACACACUGGAAUCUUAAUGUAACUGGUGAAGUGGUUUCCUGUCCAGGUAUUCUGAAUGUAAACAUUACUGACCCUGAUUAUCCUAGUCGACCUCUGUACCAGUAUGACAUACAGGUCAAGUGCCCCCCACACUUUUCCUUAGUGUUCUCUAUCCCCAGCGGUGAUGCCCCAAGGUUUAACAAGCAAUUCAUCAUUUCUGUUAAGGACAAUAUCAGGAAAUCACAGCUACAUGUGUACAGAGCCAGUGCAAGUCAGCUCAGUUCUCUGAGUGGCCGUGAGUCCCAGUCUGUACACUCUACAGAAGCAGUUGCCCCUCCUCAUUUCUCCAUCCCAUUCAUUGUAUCUGUCUGUGGAGGGGUACUCCUGCUCAUAUUUGUUUCAACUGUUGGAAUCGUUGUCAAAUUUGGUCAGCCUCUAGGAGAUGUUCUCCAGUUCCGCUGGUGUCACCUGGUACUAAUGGUGUUUUACGUGACAUUCCAGUUUAUAUACGCUGCCUGUGUCUCCAUCACUGUGUUCUAUCUCAUCAUCAUUGCCAGUAAUAGUGACACUACAGCAUUUCUGAAAAACUAUCAACACCAGAGGUCUGUAAAGACAGCAUUCAGUAACCUGGAGUUGGACCACCUACAGCGCCAUCUACAGGUGGAGCUCCAGAGACAAAAGGAGAUAGCAGCUGCCUCUAAACAGCAGUGUCAUAUCAAAAUGAAGAGGGUUGUCAAGCAAUUUAAUGAUAUGAACAGCUUGCUGGAGAAGGAAGUAAAAGAUCGGAUUAUGGUAGAGAAUAUCAAAGAUCUAUUGUCAAGACACACAGAGGGCCUGAUACAGCAAUUCACAAGCAAUCUCAACAACUACAAAGAGCAUUAUAAGAGUUAUAUAAAGCACACAAAGAAGGUGUUCGCUGCCAACAUUGAGGAGACAUAUCGCAGUGUGGAGAGAAGUAAAUGGCUGGCCGGGCCAGACUUUCUCCAGAAGACGGUCAAAAACUUCCGAGAUUUGGAUAGCCUACCUACUAAACCGUUCAUGGAGUGGUUAGGAAUUCCACAGGAUCUGACACAGAUAUCUGGAGAUGAUGUGUCCAUCCCUCUUCCCCAAACUCCACGGCUGUCCAAGGUUUUCAACUCAGGGUCCCAUUCCUCUAGUCAAGCUGACACUGUUAACUUCAAUAAGCCAGAGAGAACUGUCCACAAACACAACAUGUGGUUCUUUGCUGAUGAUCCAUUUAAAGCUAAAGAGAACCAGACAAGGUCACAAACAGAUCAGGGUCAUGCCACAGAAAAAGAGCCCCAGUCAAGCAGUUACUCUGGAUUCUUUUUUGUGAUGGCUGUGAUUGACAUUAUCUGGUUCCUUCAUCGGAUCCUCAAGUCUCUAGGGGUGGCCAAGCUACUGUUGUAUGGGUAUCCAAUAUUUGUGGGCAUCAGGGAGAAAACAAAUGAGAGAAACCCUGAUGGUUCUGCUAGGAGACAGAGCCAAAUCUUCCAGUCAGGAGCCUCAAAAACAUUCAAAAAAUUCUUCAUUAAGACGCUGUCUAGUAUGUUUGUGCCAAAAGUCAUUGCCACCAUUUUUGUGUGUCUGUUCAUCUAUCUCAUUUCUGUUACAACAUUCCAUUUUGUAAAUAGGGAAACAUUUAGCUACCUUGGGUAUUACAACAAUAUGGAUGAUCUUCUGAAGCUGAAUGAAGACUUUGUAAACCGCAGGAUUGAGUCUCAGGCCAGCAGAAUUAACACCAUGGAGUAUCCCUCAUAUCAGGAGUUAAUGAACAUGUAUGUACAGCGCCAUCUGUACUUACACCGCACCAUAGAGAGCCAGUGGCGCCAUCUUCAGGAAACCCAUAGUGGCUUCUACUGCAGAUAUAAGCAGAGUCUGGACCCAAAUGCCAAAUGUAGUGAGCCUUUGGAAUCCAGAUUUGGGGACAAGGAUACAGAAGUGUGCCAUUUUGAACAAAUUGAACCUAAUUUUUAUUCAAAUGGCCAUGUGUCCGACUCCACUGUGGCAGAAAUACAAAUGGAUGCCUUCCUGACCAACAUCAGAAAAUUGAUCUCCGAUACCUGUUAUAUAAUACUCAUCUACAUGUCUGUCAUCAUCAUCAAAGAACUCCUCGGUACUGUCAUCUGGCUCUAUCUAAAGAGGUCUGCAUUUAUAAACUUGAGAUUGAUCUAUGAAGCUGACAAACCCCCACCCACUGCCACUGGAAGAGACAGGUGAUAUCUUCAGAUGACUGGUGAUUUCAGCUAGAUGUGAUCAACAUUACUGUGUCUGAACAGUACUUACACAACAAUAUAAGGCUUGAUCACAGUUAAAGUGGUGAAUAACUGGACAGAGAUGAACUUCUUUCCGUGUAAAUUGACUGCUAAAUGCUUUUGAAGCAUGCAUUUUCCAAAGAACACGUACAUGUUAUUCACAUAAUGCACAGCAUCAAAAAUGUAAGAGAAGUACAUGCAGUUAGUAGAUAUUUUGUGCUUAUGUACAUAUGAGUACAUUGUAGAGUGCGAUUUCCAAGAGUGGAAGGAGAAUUCUGAGUGAACACUUCAGCCGUGAAUUACGACAUUAUUGUUUAUGUUGAUUUGUUUUGUACUGCUCGAGAUCUCAUAUAUUGUCUGAAAACCAGAAAUGUUUACUCAUCUGCAUUACAUUGAUGGCAUAAUAUUUCAUGAGCAGGUUUAAUAUUUUUUUUCUAUGUCCAUCUUUUACACCAUACCAAAAUCAUGGAGCAAAAGUUAAAAUUUGAAGUACCAGAAUUUAUAUUUAAAAUGCAUUUGCUUGAGAAGUAAACAUAAUUGUGUUGUUAAUUUCUGUUUGUUACUUGAAGGUGCUUGUUUGUUUCAAUGUUUAUGGACACCACCAUACAGUUACCUGUGUCUGUGAUAUUUGUUUUUCACAAUAGAACAUUUAUAAAGAACACUUUGAUGGAAAAUAUAAGUGAUAAUUUUGCUUUUGGAGAUAUUAAAUGUUUGUUGUAAAAUUAAAUAGAUGCUUUGAAAAAGAUGUUAUAUUAAACUUUGGUAACAUCGAUGUACCUAACAGAAGUAUGAAGUUGCAGAUUGAAUCAGUUACUGUUAAAAAAUCAGAAUCGGUGUAAAUUUUUUUUUAGUGUGCACUUAAAUGCUUUUAUUCGAAUUCUAAUAUGUUUUCUUGUUUAUAUAUUUUAUCACAAAAUAGAAAAUUGGAGGUCUAUUCUUAGUACUUAAUAUAUAGAUUUUUUUAAUUAAUCUAAAGUAUCUUCUUGACCAUGAAAACCUUGCUUUUUAUAAGAAAUUAUUAAUGAUACAUUGCAUUAGCAAGACAAAGUUAGGUUUGCUAACCAGAACUUUAAUAAAAAGAUAUAUUUUUGAUGUGUGAGGAAGGUAAAUGAUAUAGACUUGUACUUAAAACUAGUCAUAAUCAAGCUGAUGAACAAAGCCAUCUAGGGAGGUACAGUCAUAUAUUUGGUGCAUUUUGAAACUUCCGAUUUUUACAAUAGUCUAGCUUUAUAUACAGUGUGUUCAUGAUGCUAAAAAUUCUUCCUAUAAUGAUGGAAGGUGUUCAUGCAUAAAGGUGUUAAAACAAAUGAUGGGUUUGACCUUAUUGACUGUUGAUUGUCAAUUAAAUUCUUUGGAUGUUUUUGAAACAAUGUAAAUUGACCAGUUAUUUUAGUAAAAUAUUAGUAUAACAAGUUUCAUAACAUUUUGAUAAAUUUAGUCCUAGAGGCACCAUGUAUUGCUCGGCAGAAGCUUUAAUUACUAGAUUUAUGUCUGAUUAGCUUUGUUAAUAGUAUUAUAAAUUUUAUUCAACCAAAGUUUAUUGAAUUUUAUAUUGAUAUUUUAAUGCAGCUUGCCUAGAUCAGCUGGAUAAAGUAGAGUAGCAGUUUUUUUUCCGGAUUGUUAUUUAGUGUGUGAUAAGUGACAUACUAUGUUUAAUUGUAUGAUUGGCAUACUAUGUUUAAUUGUAUGAUACUACAUCUCACCACCAGAAGCAGAUUUACAUGAAUUUUUAUAUUUAAGAAAAUAUAUUUUAAGAUUUUAGCAUAGUUAGUGCUUUUAAGAUACAUAUAUUUUUAUGCAUUCAGGAAGAAGCUAAAUGUUUUAAUUUUGUUAGUGAUCAUUCUUUCAAUUGGUUGUCCUUUAUUAAAGAUGGAUAAAUUACAGGCAUUGCAUUUGUAGUAUAUUUUGUUUUGAAACAUAUAAAAUGUAUAUCAUGGUCACAUUUUAAUUACCAGUGGGUUGUAUUAUACUAUCAGAUCAUGUAUCACAUUUUAAUUGUAUUUUACGGUUGUGUCAUGAUACGUUUGUGACAUUUUUAGAUGAUACGUUGUGUUAUUUCUUUAUAUGACACGUGUACGAUUGUGUCAUGAUACAUUUGUGACAUUUUUAGAAGAUACGUUGUGUUAUUACUUUAUAUGACACGUGUACGAUUGUGUCAUGAUACAUUUAUGACAUUUUUAGAUGAUACGUUGUGUUAUUGCUUGGCGUGACAUUGCUGAUUGUGAUCUCAGUUUCUAUCGGCACAAUAAACAAAGAAAAACA